CUCUGAGAGUCCCAGUCUGAGAGAAGAAAUCAGAGAACAAUGUGCACAUGCAACUACAAAUUCAUGCGUGAUAGUUGACCUGAAUUCAAAUUUGGAAUGACGCGGUCAAAAGAAAGGUCCAUCAGAGCUUUAUGAGUGGCUUCAAAGACAUAUUCUUAAGUGUUUGGUUGUGGACCACGAAACGUAUUGGAAAAAUGCAUAGACCUUGCCUUGUCAUUCCUCCAACUAUUUAUGUAUGAAGGUUACACUUUGUUUGAGCAGCUGUUAAAUGUUCCAGAAAUUUGCUUCGAGAAGAGGUUACUGAUCAAUCUGAAACAAGAGGCAUCUAGCAUGAUUCAACAAUAUAGAUCGAUAUAUUUAUGUACUGGUGAUCUUUCAACUGUAUUGAAAUAUUAUGCAUGAGCUGCUGCUGCAGGUGGGCAUGGAAAACUUACUGAUCCAAACUCCAAAAAUUCCAAGGUUCAUCGGAAACCUCCUCAGAGUUUUCCUCCCAUUAGCUGCCAUCGACAUUGAUGUUGCCGCAAGUAAGGGGAAAGGAAAAGCCAUUGUUACUACACCUGAAGAGAAUGAUUUCAAUAACCGGGAAGCCUCUGCAUCUCUUGCUAAGAUUGUGUUCAUUUUGAAGCUUUUGACAACGAUUCCCUUGAUGUAUUCUUCAUCUAUUGAUGUUCUACUCCGAAAGGAUGCUGAAGUUAGUGGUUGCAGGGCUCCCCUUAAAAGGGCUCCUACUGUGUACUGCAUUACUGGAAUAUUCCUCCAUAUUCUUCACAGGUUUCUUCCGUAUUCCAGAAGUUCCAAAAAGGAAAAGAAAAACUGAUGGUAAUUGGAUGGCAAAGAGUGUAUCCAUCACAAGACAACUGAAUCUGUUUCUAAUUUGGCAUCUUAUUGCCAUUCAUCAACCUUGGCUUCUGCUUCAGUUGCUACUGGUGAGGUGAUACCAACUUGUGAGAGUUUUGAUGCAGACUUUUGUUCUACAACAGGGCAAGAAUCGGUGAUAGAUAUUCUGCUACCUCAUCUUAUAUCAGAUUGGGUGCCAUUUUCUGUCAAUGACCAGAAAGAAGAGGAGGUAGCUUUUGGGUGCGAUAACUGCAGCAUCCAGUCUUGCAUCUGGAUCUUUGUAUGUCCCCACCGCAGCAUGUUGAAACUAAUCUUAAGGCAACUAUUGCUGGAAUUUCUGUUGUGUUUGCCUUCCAUGAUGAAAAUAGAGGCAUUCAUGUGAUCUGGGUGGUGCUCAGGCAAAUGUUGGUUCGAAUGUUCAUUAUCUUGGUGCAGGAUGCAGAGACAUGCUUUUUAUCUUACAGGUAUCUCCUCAAAAUAUGAAGUUUGAAGUGUACAGAAACCUCACUCGAAUAUUAGAUAGUUGAAUCCGAAGUAUUGUAGUGAACUGGAGAAACUGGAGGGCCAUAUGCUCUUCCCAAGUUUGAUUUUGAUGACAGCCACCAGGGGAAUCUAAGGUUUGAUAGUUUAGUCGAAAUUGAGGUUUUCCUUGGCAUUAAAAGUCAAGAAGACAACCAGUAGAUUGAGGAUUUCUCUCUGGAAAUAGUGGGAUGGAGUUUAGUUCAAGUGCUGCAGAAUUUUGCUCUAUAUCCAGGCGGAACAAUGUUUAGUCUGAGGCCACAUCCUCAGAAUAUGCUGAAAUGCUAUUAAAACCUAUUGGGCAGGAAGAAAUUGUUCCAGGUCAGACUACUGUCAAGGACUCAAGUAUCUAUGGUGAGUUGGGUCAGGGCAACAGAGGUGCAGAAAAUUGUGCCAUAUCAGAGCAGAGAAUGGACUCUCAUGUGCACCUGAUUUAUGGAAAGAGCAGUUUUGUGAAGAAAAAUGAUUAUUUGUUGGAAAGUGGGAGCCAAUCGAAUAGUGAGAUUUCAACCAGUCACUUGAACACUUCUCUGUUAUCUGAGGAAACCAGUAAACUUUCUGAAGGUAAUUAUGGUGGAAGUGGAAGCCAUCACGAGGGAGAUGUUUCUAGUAAGCUUGUGGUAUCUUCUUCAGCUGAAUUGUGCGGGGAAUCACAUACAACUGAAAAUGUAGAAUGUGCAAUUAGAGUUCAUGGAAAAGAUUUAAAUGCUAGAGACCAUGUUCCAAUUUCCACUCCAUCUGAGUCUACUCAAAUACGCAUUCUAAAUGCAGUCUUCAGGCAGAGUGGUAUUCAUAACUUUGAUUCAGAUGUUCCUGUUGUUGAGGUGCGGAAUGUGAAGUUGAAUACUGAUUUGAGUAAUAUGGAACAUGAGGUUGAUGGGUCCUUGCUUAUUGGUGAAUGUAGCAGAGAAAAUGAGGAUGAUAGUGCUAGCUUUGGAUUGAUUGCUAUGGCAGUGGAUUCUUCUUCUGAACAUGAUAUGAUGCCUUUUAUAUUAAAUGAAGGCAAGGUAAAAGAAUUAACUUUAUGGUUGUUUGAAGAAGCGAAGAAGUAGGUAACUACAGGAGCCUGAAUUGUCUCUCAGUAUUGAUACAUCAGAGUCUGAAUUUGAUGAUGUUCCCAAUCGUUUUAUAGCAACAAAACUCCCUUUAAAUCCAAACCAUGAUUCUGAAGCAAGAAGUAACAUGGAACAAUUGCCUAAAGGUUAGAAACUUGGGAAGAAACCAGCUUUUAUAGUGCUUGUGCAUGAAUUGAAACUUGCAGCCGAACUUGAACCACUUAAUCUCCAUCAACACGUAUUUUCAGAGGAUAGAGAUAGCCAAUUCAGAUAUAUGCCCUUCUCAUUGAUGGAUCAAACAUCAUAUGUGUUUCUGAUGUUUAGCAAAAUUCAAUUUAGUCAUGUGGUUCACUUCAGUAUGAAUGUGAAGAAGUCUUGUGCAGGACAACUCAAUUCUGAUCUUGUCCAUGAACAGAGUCAUUUAACUGAAACCAAUCCUUGUUCAGAUUCCUCGAAAGCUGUUGAUGCAUGGAAAAAUGUGGUCCUUGUGGCUGAAGCUUUAAAAGAACAAAUAGAAAAUCUUCGCAUUUCUCUAAAGGAUGCCCUUUGUAACAAGAGGGUGGAAGAUGGAACUGUAGAUUUGAAUAGAUUAUCUUCUCGUGUCAUGCUUUCAAGGGUUUAUGUGAGGCCUUGCAUCUGCCAUGGCCAUGAGAGUUUUCUGCCAAAUGCAGUCAAAAAAAAAAAAAAAAAAUCAGUACAAACCAGAUUCAGUCACAAUGAUCUCAUUCAUUCAGGCCUCUGCAGCUAUUUUGACCAGUUGUGGUGCUCAAAUUGCCCAUGGUUUCAUAGGUAAGCUAGGACUUAACUCUGAAACACAGGUUAUGAAUUCUCUAAUUGAUGCAUAUGCAAAAAAAAACUGGUUGUAUAGAAAAGGCAAGAAGCUUGUUUAUGCAGAUGGGUAAUUUGAGGGACCAAAGCUCCUGGAAUAUAAUGAUUGCUGGAUGUGGAAUGAAGGGUCAAAGGAGAAACCCUGCGAGCUUUAACUCUGAAAUGAAUACGGACGGUUCUUUUCCAAUCAUGCCAGCAAUA